UUCUCAUCGCCCCAAAUCACUCCAACCAUCUCAUUCCAACCCCCAAAUCCUUUCACCUGACAAACUUCUUUCUUCAACCACAACCUCAGCUCUAACACACCAACGCCUCCCCUUCCUUAAUACCACCACUACAUCGCGACAACAAUCAUCAGCAACACCAGCAUGUCUUCCCGCGGAGGCACCACUCUCUACGUCACGGGCUUUUCUCACGGAACCCGUGCUCGCGACCUUGCCUACGAGUUCGAGAGGUAUGGCCGUCUUGUCCGCUGCGAUAUCCCAGCGCCGAGGACUGCCUCAUCUCGCUUAUUUGCGUUUGUGGAGUAUGAAUCUCGUCGCGAUGCUGAUGAUGCUUACUAUGAGAUGCACGGUCGUCGCAUCGGUCGUGAUGACUACUUGAAGAUCGAAUGGGCCCGUACCCCCCCAUCUGCUAGCUGGAGGUUCGACGGCGGUCGCGAGCCCCCUCGUCGUAGCCGUGCUGGUUCUCCCCCUCGUCGUGGCCGGUCUCGCUCGCGCGGAGGUCGCGAGUCGCCUCGCCGGAGGUCGGUUGAUCGUCGUGACAGCCGCGACCGUUCUAGAAGCCCGGUCGCCCGCAAGGACGAUGAUCUCGACCGUGGUGUCCGCCGUGACAGGUCUGUUGACAGGGACAGGAGCCGUAGCCCUCUUCCUGCUAACGGAGAAGAUCGUGAGAUGCGCAAGGACUCCCCUCCUCCUCCCCACCAUGAGGAUGACUUGGAUACUGCGGACCUCGCAGACUAGAUCACUCACAAGAAAACACGGCGUUAGUGCGGUUGUAUGAAUGCGGCAGAAGUUUCCUGUGACUCGUUUGGAUGGAAAAAGUUUCGGUCGGAUCAAUUUCGCUUUCA